AUGAAAUGCAGAUUUCAUGUCAACCAAUAAUUAAAAUGGAUCUAUACAGCAAACGGUCCCUUAUAGGGUACUUAUCUAUGUGAUAUAUGCGUACAUACUUAUAGUACUUUUCUAGCAAAUUAUGAAAAUAAAGAAUAAAAAGAUGUCUAAAAAAAGUUAUAAUUUGUCUUAAAUGAAAUACCUCCCAAAAAUGUAUUGAGCUAAAUCUAACAAAUAAAUUCCUCUAUAUUACCAUUUGAAACCUUUAAAGAACAACUAAAAUAAAUUUUAAAUAUCAAUACAUAAUAAUCAUCUCUAACUGAUUUGAGAGAAUCAAUCAAGAAGAUGUAAAAAUAAAUUAACCAAACUUGUGAUUGGAUGUUCACAAUAUUGAGCGAGAUUGAGUAGUAGAACAUAUCUAUAUAAAACUGUUUCAAACUUGAGGAUGAAGAAUUUCUAUUUUCAAAUAUUUCUAAAGAUAAGAUCAGAAUUUUAGCGCAAGCAAUUGAAAAUAACUUAGCAUAGUAAUGGUAAGAAUGGCUAAACAAAUGCUUAAAAGGGAUAUAAGAAGCGAUCAACAAAUUAAAAAGGACUUCGGAUGAUUUUGAAGAAAUCAUAAAAGUCUACAAAGAAGAAAAAGAGUAACCAUUAUCUUAAUUUAUUUAAAGCCAAAAAUUGAUAGAAGUGAAAGAAGUUUGUGGAAUAAAAUAUGGAGAAUAAAAUUAUAUAAUAAAUGGAUCUAUUGUAUUAGUAUAUUAUUGUUAUAUCAAAAAAGGCAGGAAGGUAUUUUGCCAAUAAUCCAAGUGGGCUGUGGCAUGAAUGUGGGAAACAAUAACCCAGGAAAAAUUCAAAUUUUCAAAUACUAUACAUGGAUUAUCUAAUGAAGUAUAUGAAGGAUGGAGUUAUUUUAAAAAUGUAUGAGUGUUUUUGUGAAUAAGACUUCCUUACUAUUAAAUGUCGAAUACUAUAGAAAACAUUGAAAAGUUAAAGUAUUUUGAAGAAAAAGGAUACGUUAAAUAGAAUAAAAAGAGUGGCUUGUAGUUAUGUUAUUGGAAAGGGGAAUGCUUAAAUUCUGGAGGUAUAUAUAAUAAAUAGGGAAAUAAGGAUGGUAGUUGGAAAGAAUUGCAUGAUAAUUAUUAAGAGUAUUAUGAAUGCUAAUAUUUUUAGCAAUUCACAAGUUAUAUUUAGUAAAAACUAUAGUAAUGGUAUUCAACUAGGAGAAUAAUAAAUAAUCUUUGAUGAAGAAAUUAUGUAAGAUUAGAAUAUUAAAGAAUAGUGGAAAAGGAACAUUUAAAGAAGGAGAGAAGGAUGGAUAUUGGACGGAAAUCCAUGAAAAAUUUUGUAGAGACCUAUAAAUAAUAGAAAAAGGAAAUUAUAAGAAUGGCCGAAAAAUUAAGGAGUGGUAAAUUUAUUUAAAAAAUAAAAAAAUGUAAAUGAUAAUACAAAAUUAGUGGAGGAGGAGAAUAUGAUGAAAAUGGCAAUAAGAUUAAAAUGUGGUCUGAAUUGCAUGAAUGUUAUAAUGUGUAAGAUUUAUUUUACUAUUCAACAAGAGAUAGUCGUGUAUUUUAUUGUGGUAACUACAAUGAAGGAAAGAAAGUAGGGGGAUGGAAAAUUAAGGAUAAUGAUGAACAACUGUAUUUAAAUAGGAAUAAUUAAAAUAGUGGAGGAGGAUCUUAUUUAGAUGGGUUUAAAGUAGGUGAAUGGACAGAAAUUUCAGGUAAUUUCUUGAAGUCAGGUGAGUUAACAAUAUCUUAUGGAGUAUAUUUUAAAGGAGCCUAUGAGAUGGGCAAGAAAAAAGAUUAAUGGAUGUUUAAAAAUGAUAACAUAUAGUAAAAUUAUACUAAAAUUACUAGUGAAAUUCAAGGUGAAUAUAUUAAUGGUUUAAAACAUGGCGAUUGGACAGAAUUAUCAACAAAUUUUAAUGAGUAAUAAUAUUAGAACUUAUUUCUUAUAAUAGAAGCGAAUAAAUUUUUGCAAAAGGUAAAUAUGAGAAGGGUUUGAGAAUUGGUGAUUGGAAGAUUUUUAGAAAUUCAGCGAUGAUGUUUAAAAAAUUAUAAAUUUUAGUGGUGGAGGAACUUAUAACAACGGAAAGAAGGUUGACGAUUGGAUUGAAUUAGAUGAGAAUUUUGAAUAGUAUUUUUAAAUUGAAAACAUAGAUCCAUAAUCUUAUUAAAAGGUCGUUAUAACUUAGAAGGUUUAAAAUCUGGAGUUUGGAUUAUUUAUGAUGGUUUAGAAAAUGUCAAUUAGAAAGAAAUUGGUAGAGGUUCCUACAAUGAUUAAUAACUAAAAAAUGGAAACUGGAUUGAAAUUUAUGAUUACUGCAAGUAAAUAUUUGAUGAUGUUCUUGCAGUGAUAGUAGAGUAUUAUUUGAAGGAGAGUAUUAAAAUGGAAUUCGAGUAUCCUAAUGGAAUAUCUUGGAGAUCGAAACAAAUAGUGACUAAAAUCGCACUAUUGGUGGAGGCGAAUUUGAUAAUUUAGGGAGAAAAAAUGGAACCUGGAUAGAAUUAGAUAAACAUUAUUUUUCGUAUUUGUUAUACAAAAUGUUGAUAGAUAAUGCAAAGUCCGAUAUUAAGGAGAUUAUCGUUCUGGAAGGAAGAGUGGAAAAUGGAAAGCAAUAUAUUUUCAUUAUAUGGAUCAAAGGUUUCAAGUGUACAGUUUUAUUAUUAAUUGGUAGAAUUGGACAGUAUGAUGAAAAUGGUAUGAAAACAGGAUAAUGGACAGAAUUACAUCAUUACUUUUCUGAGUAUAUCAUAAUUUUUUUAAAACAAAAGUUUAAACCAAAUUACCCUCAAAGGAUCAUAUUCUGAAGGUAUAAAAUAAGGCACAUGGAAGAUUUGUAAGAGAGAUAGAGAUGUGGAUCUAGGGAGCUACGAUAAAAAUGGGCUCAAACAUGGUUAAUUUGAGAUGUCAGAAACCUUAAAAGAGAGUAUAAUGUGCAGUAAACAUAAAUUCAAAUAUUAGAUUUUAAAAACGGAAUUAGAUAGUCAUGA